GUUUUUGGUGAGUGGUUGGUGGAACUGAUAUAAUUGAUCCCGCUUGGUUUGGUGUUUGGUUCCUUUAUUUCUUAUUCGUUAGAAGUGAAAAUCACUUAAGAAGUGCGUUAAUUAAAAAUAUCGUUAGUACUAGUAACACAAUCGAAUUUGUUCAUCAAAAUGUCUAAUCAAGUCAAUGGACAAGUAGAUGAGACGAUGGAAAUAGGACAAACAGUUACCAAUAAUUCAGUCAAAGACGAGAAAAUGGAAGAUGUGCCUGUUGAUGAAAUGACAUCUAGAGAUUAUUAUUUUGAUUCAUAUGCUCAUUUUGGAAUUCAUGAAGAGAUGUUGAAGGAUGAAGUAAGGACCUUAACCUAUCGAAAUUCGAUGUACCACAAUAAACAUUUAUUUGCUGGAAAAACCGUUAUGGAUAUUGGUUGUGGUACUGGUAUUCUGAGUAUGUUUGCAGCUAAAGCUGGAGCUAAACGUGUGAUAGCAGUAGAAUGUUCUAACAUAGUAGAUUUUGCUCGUAAAAUAGUUGAAGCAAAUAAAUUAGAUCACAUUAUUACAAUCGUCAAAGGAAAAGUUGAAGAAAUUUCGCUACCUGAGGGAAUAGAAUCAGUAGAUAUCAUUAUAUCUGAAUGGAUGGGAUAUUGUCUUUUCUAUGAAAGUAUGCUAGAUACUGUUUUAUUUGCCCGUGAUAAGUGGCUAAAACCUGAUGGUCUUUUAUUUCCUGAUCGUUGUUCUCUUUUUGUUACUGCUAUUGAAGAUAGGCAAUAUAAAGAUGAAAAAAUCAACUGGUGGGACGAUGUGUAUGGUUUUGAUAUGAGUUCAAUCAGAAAAAUAGCCAUAAGUGAACCUCUAGUAGAUGUUGUCGAUCCAAAACAAGUAGUUACAAAUGCUUGUCUUCUUAAGGAAGUUGAUUUAUAUACAGUUACCAAAGAAGAUUUGGAAUUUUCAUCACCUUUCCAUUUAAUAUGUAGAAGAAAUGAUUAUAUUCAAGCUUUGGUCACUUUUUUCAAUGUUGAAUUCACAAAAUGUCAUAAAAGGCUUGGUUUUACUACUGCUCCAGAUGCAGCUUAUACCCACUGGAAGCAAACAGUGUUCUAUUUUGAAGAUUACUUAACUGUUAAAAAAGGAGAAGAAAUUGAUGGUAUGUUCACCAUGAAACCUAACCCCAGGAAUAACAGAGACUUAGAUUUUGUUGUUGACAUCAAUUUCAAAGGUGAACUAGGGGAAGUACAUGAAACUAAUAGAUAUAGAAUGCGUUAGAUAUAAAUCUUAUAGUUCGAAUGCUUUUCUGUUUCUUCAUUAGUGUGAUUUAUAAAUAUCAGUGUUUAAUUUUGAGCUAGUCUUAAGUCAUUUACUCAAUUCUUGAAAUUUGAACUGAAGGAAACCUAAAAAUGAAACUCAACAUUGUGAAAAGCACUAAAACGUAAGGUGUGAAUGUUCCAGAACUAACACUUCCAUGCUCUAACACUGGGCUGAACUAUUUUUUGCAUUGGUUUACUUCUGGGGAUAUUCCUUUAAGUGAACUAUCCAUUAGUAUUAUCUAUUUUAGUUUAUGGUUUUUCUCUUUGGAAACCUUAAAUUUUUAUUUUCUUCUAAAACAAUUAUUUCUGACUGCAUCAAGUUCUGAAUUUAUAAAAUUCGACCGCCCAUUUUAGAAAUAUUUUGUUUUAAAUAAUGAUCUAUUUGUUUUACUUAGAUGAAACAAAUAAUUAAAUUUAAUAUUUUGUACUCUAGGUCUUUACAGGAAUACAAUUUAUUUCUGAUGUGAAUUUUUGUAAAUAUAACUAGAAUAAAUGAAAUUAUCAAUGCAAGGAACAUUUUUUUUUUUACAAAUGUUUCUAAAUUAUGGUCAUCUCAAUUAAAAUCCUUGAUACUGCUAUCUCCAAUUAAAAAAUGGUAUAAGAGGUAAUAAAUUUAAGUUGAAAUUCAUGAAAAGUUUUUGUUCCAUUUUUAGGGUACCUUUUUAUAUUUAACUAUUAGAUAUUUGUAUGACUUCCACUAGCUAUAUUAUACUGUAAAUUUUAUCAGAACAAAAUAAUCUAGUUGUAUAUAAAAUACAGUUUUCAUAGGUGAAAUGAAUCUCUGGAUUUAUGAGGAUGUGAUUAUGAAUGAAAUUUCAAAUAUGCUAUUUAGGUUUUUUUCUUCAUGACAUGAAAUUGCAGCAAUUAUAUUGCUCCUUAGUUUUUGAUUUUUUUAAACUAUUAUUUGUUUAAACUACUAAGAAAUAUAUGAAGAACUAUAUAGUAUACAAUGAAUACUGAUUAGCGGUGAUUUUUUUUAUGUAUAAUACCUAGUGUUUUUCCUUAAUUUUAGUAUUACUUAUGUAAAUUCGCAUGAAAUUUUUAAAAGAUUCCGAGGAAUAUUUUUUACAGUGAAAUGGGAAUAAUUAGAUUAUAAAUUAUUUUCUUUCUAUUAUAACAUCAUGAUAUAAUAUAAAUUUCAAUAAAAACAUCAAGUGAAAUCACGAAAUAAUUUAUACAACA